AACUCAAAAACAGAAAAGUUCCCAAAACUCUCCACUCCUCCCUCACAACUCUCACCUUUUUUCUUUCUCAAAAUAUGGCUUCCAAAAUGAACUCAUUCGUUCUAUUUUGCCUUAUUGCAAUAUGUGCCUUUUCUUCCACGAGUGUAGAAUCAGCAUCUCGCUCGGCCCCUGCUCCGGCAGUAGACUGCAACAACUUAGUACUAAACUUGGCUGACUGUUUGUCUUUUGUUACAAAUGGAAGUACAGAGAAAAAACCCGAAGGUACUUGCUGUUCAGGCCUUAAAAUGGUGUUGAAAACUGAUGCUGAGUGCCUUUGUGAGGGUUUUAAAAACAGUGCUCAGUUGGGUGUUGUUCUUAAUGUCACUAAAGCUAUGGCUCUUCCUGCUGCUUGCCAUGUCUCUGCUCCUUCUGUUAGCAACUGUGGAUUGAGCACUGACACUGGAGCUGCUCCCGCUCUUUCUCCAAUUGCUGGAUCACCAACCAUGCCGGCAGUUGCCCCAACCACAGCUGAGGGAGGGAGUGAGGUCGCUCCGGUGCCAGCUCCUGGAGGUUCCGAUUCUACUACACUUGCAGCUCUAUCUUUUGGGCAAUUGGGUCUGACCGUAGUGGUUGCAUUUUUCUGUUGGUUCUAAUCACACGUUUUGCGGGAGAUCGAGCAGCACAGAUUUGUUGUCGUGAUGUUUUGUCAUUAAACUUUACAUAGUUGAUGUACUCUAAUUUUAUUUAUAGUAGUGGUAGGUAAUUUUGUGAGACCACGUAAAUAGGGAUCACUUUGUUUUGUGAUGAGCCUUCUUAUUUGGAUGAUAUUUUUUUUGUCAAAUCUUUA